UUCAUUUAGUACAAAUUUAAUGUUUAACGGGUAUAGUAUGACUGCAGUGGAUCAACCGUCAGAUAUAAUGUUUUCCUUUAAUUUUAUACGAGGUAUACUUUUGUUGUUUAAUCUAUUGCUAUGGUUCGCAGGCCUCCUGAUAGUUCUCACUGGCAUUUGGCUGCAAACAGAUUUUGAAAACUAUUUAAAAAUCAGUGGCGGCUAUUCGAUUUAUGUGCCUUACCUUUUACUCGUCGCUGGUGGCGUCUUGGUUUUCGCUGCUUCAUUGGCCUGCUCAUGCAUCGUCAAAGUGGAUCCCACCAUGUUGGUCGUUUAUGGCGGUUUCCUCAUCGGCGCCAUGUUCACCUUAAUAUUAAUGUCCAUUUACAUAUACGGUUACAAGGACAAUGUGAUUACUGGCCUGCAGGUCGGUAUCGAACGUGAACUAAAGAAUUACGAUUCAUACAAAAGUAUUAUCACUCGUGGAUCCAAUACAACUCUAAUCGAUUACGUGCAAAAUAAUUUGGAAUGCUGUGGUAGCAGCAGCCAUCUUGACUGGCCGAAAGGCUCUCUGCCUAAAUCGUGUUGCUGGGAUCAAGGUGAUAAUAAGGAUUGUACAGAUUAUCAAUUGGGACGACUACAUGAGGUGGGUUGCAUGCCGAAAUUAAUACGCCUUAUUAAUACAAACCUUACCAGUAUUGGUGUAAUGCUCUCCGUGUUGGCACUGUUUCCUCUGUUUGCGAUGGUAUUCUCUUAUUCACUGGCAUCCGCAACAAGAAGAAUGGGCUACCAGAGAAUUGGCUGAAUCCCGUUGUUGAUACUUUUGUUUUACGGUUUUACUUUGUGACAUUUAGAAUAACAUAAACGAUGUGGAAAAAAUAAACGAAUGUGAGUGAAUGGACUAUACUC